CGAAGAGGCGCACAAUAAUGUUCACGUUGCUGGUGUUUGCUGGUUACGGCUCAUACGCAGUGGUGAAGUUAUUUGGGUGCAUCAUGAUGCUCACACCCAGCGACGAGGCCGACACUUCUGGAGGCUUCGGUGCGCGUGUUGGAUAG